AUGGACAGGAGGGUGGCGGUGACAUUGCUUACAGUGAAAAGGACGUUAUAAAGUUAUGUCCCAGAGUUUCAGGAGGAAAAGAAUUCAGCGGAAAAAAUGGCCAGCACUAUGGUGGCAGUGGGCCUCACAUUGGCAGCAGCAGGAUUUGCAGGUCGAUAUGCAAUGCAAGCCAUGAAGCAUAUGGAACCUCAAGUGAAACAAGCACUUCAGAGUUUUCCUAAAACUGCUUUUGGUGGUGGGUACUAUAGAGGUGGGUUUGAACCAAAAAUGACCAAAAGAGAAGCUGCCCUUGUUCUCGGGGUCAGUCCCACUGCCAACAAAACUAAGAUACGAGAAGCUCAUAGAAAAUUAAUGAUUUUAAAUCAUCCUGAUCGAGGUGGAUCACCGUAUCUUGCAGCAAAAAUCAAUGAAGCGAAAGAUUUACUUGAUGGCCAAGCCAAGAAAUAGAUCAUCUCUGUUUUCCUUAGUUACCAUGAUCUCUUGGGUUCCUCUGUCUGCUCUGCGAUUCAGCACGUGAUAUGUAAUCAGCUACUGUCACUGUAAUGUGAAGAUUUUUUUUUUGUCAUUAUUCGAACUGUACAAACAAAACCCAUGCUGGACUCAGGUACUUGCUUAGAAGGACAACUUAAAAGGGUUAAAUACAGCAGAUUUUUAGGUCCAUGCAGAGAAAGGGGCCCAAAUAGUUACAAACUCAAACAUAUCACAGGCCUGUGGAAAAGAGUUACAGAUAUCAUGCGUCUCCGAAAGAGCAAACAAUGUAUGACAAGACCAGUCUGCUCCAACAUGUCUAUUUUUGGGAAAGGCAUUCAGUAACACACAUCUUAGUGGGUUAACUGUUAAUAGCUUUACAUUAUCUGUUAGUCACUCCACUCAUGGUUUUUCUCCAAAUAUUUCUGGACACGGUUCUCAAAUACACUUAGUACAUGUUCAACAAAAUCAGGUGGCAAAAAAAUACAUACAUCAAAACACUUAGUGGAGCUUUGCUGUCUGUGUGCAGUGACAAAAGCUGAACUGUUUCGCUCAGAAGAGAAAUGAGGGUUACGGUAUUUUCACUAUGAAAAUCUUACAAUAAAGACUACUGAAAAUGUCUAUAAAA